UUGUUAUCCAUUUCAUGUGGCCAAUGGAAAAUCCUCCAUUUUCUCUCUCUAAAUCCCUCUCUCUCUCUCCUCCCCUGCUUCUUCUCUCACCAUCACUCUCCCUCUCCAUUUCUCUUCUACUUCCUCCUUCCAAUGGCCGUCAAUUCCACUAAUCUCACUUCCCAUUUUGCCCCCACAUUCCGCCGGACCCACCCCAUCUCUGCACCAUGCACCGCCGCCCUGCCCCUUCUGAAACCCGCCAUUCACCGCUCCCUUUUCGCUUCUCCUCCGCCCGCUUCCCGCAAAAUCUCCUGCAAAGCCUCCGAGAUCUCGGUGGCCGAGGAAUCCUCCGCGUCUGGUAACUGGGUGCCGGUGGUUCCGUUGUCGGCGCUGCCCAGAGGGGAGCGGCGCGUGAUUAUUCAGGGCGGUGAAACUAUUUUGCUUCUUUGGUAUAAGGAUAAGAUUUUUGCUAUUGAGAAUCGGUCCCCUGCUGAAGGUGCUUACACUGAAGGUCUCCUCAAUGCCAAGCUCACUAAGGAUGGCUGUAUUGUCUGUCCAACGACAGAUAGCACAUUUGACCUCCAAACUGGAGACAUCAAGGAAUGGUAUCCAAAGAACCCAGUCCUCAGAGUCCUCACACCAGCCUUAAGGAAGCUUUUCAUAUACCCUGUUAAAACUGAUGAAGACAACAUCUAUAUCAACAUGAGAGGAAAUGUAAUAUCAGAUUCAUCUGCUGAGAUUGUCUUCAGUGGGAAAGCUCAACCUGGUGUAACUGCAACUGAUGUCAAUGUGGACGAGGUGAAAAUGGUGGUUGAUGAAGAUCUUGAAGGGUUUGGCUUCACCGGAAAGAAUGAAGUGAUAAAUGGAAAGGCAGCAGUGAUUGGCUUCUUGUUGUUGUUGGAUUUUGAGCUCCUAACUGGUAAGGGUCUUCUCAAGGGAACUGGUUUCUUGGACUUCAUUUAUUCUGUUUCAGAUGCUUUCAAAUAGAUGUAAGUUCAAUUCUUUUCUGGUUGGGAAAUAUCAUAUCUGUUCUUGUAUACUAUACACAUACACAGCAAGAAAUUAGAUGGCUGUUGUUGAAGCAAAACAAAUGUUCCAUUCUUUUAUUGAAGUUUACAGAUGAACUCAAAAA